AUGCCGGCGUCGCUGUCGUACAUGUACGAGCAGCAACAACUGGAUUUCCUGCACAUUUGCAGUCUGGGAGACGAGCAAAGGGUCCGAGAAGCCCUUCUGACCGGAAGAGUCGACAUUGGCUACCGGCACAAAUCCAACGGAUGGUGAGUUGUAAAAUGAGUGAAAAUAAGAUGUGAGAUCUCGAAAGUUAAUAAAUGUGUGAGCGCAAAAUCUUAUCUUCUCUCGCAUUUUUUUGCAAACGCCAGCUGACUGACCACCGUAUGAAAUAUGAUACUCGCCGUAUGUUUUUCUGCAAAUUGAUAAAUAAUAAUAAGAAUCGCUGCCUUCGCAUGCCUUCUGUUUCUCUGUGCAGAAGCAUCCGGCCCUUGCGCACCGUUGUCCUGAACAGCCGUCGUUCUCGUUUCUUCCCAUUCUGUGUGAUCUUCUUCUCAUCUGAUUGGAUAAGAGGAAUACACGGAGCACUGAUAAAUCCACGGACUUUGUGUAAACGAGUGGCUAACGAGAGUGAUCGGACGGCCGGGUCGACAACUGUUGCGGCGAGGGGAGCCGAGAGGAAAAGCCUACUUUGCACAGACCACUCGCGUUUCUUUUAUGUGCUGAGGGUGUGUGUCAACGAAUCGGUCAAUCGGAUGAUUGGUCUUUGACAAGUUUUUGUCUGCCCCUCAGCCGUUUUUUUGUAGUUCAUUUCACUUUUCCCGCUAGUCUCACAUCAGGGGUUUAUCCAUCAGGCAUGGUGACACUCAUAAUCGCCAUGAUUUAUGAGGAUCUCAUUCUCAUUUUCUCAGGACCGCUCUGCACUGGGCCGCCAGCCGAGGCCACUACGACGUCGCUCUUCUGCUCAUCGAAGCCGGAUACGCAAUCAACACGGAAGACGCGAAGCACAAAGUUCCGUACGACGUUAGUUAUUCCAAAGUUAUUCUCAUUCACAAUGUUACACCGAUUUUCAGGUGUGCCCUGAAGAUUCGGAACAACUUCGAGCAGUACUUCAGCUCGGAGAAGAACGAGAAAAUAUGGUGCAAGGUAGGAAAACGGUCUUGAAUUUGUGCGUAAAAAAAUGAGAACAUUUCGGGAAAUACGGCCUUCCCCGAAUGACAUUUUCACAAAAAAUGGAGCACUUCGGGCAUGUUCAGUUGGGAGAUGAACAUUUACAAUAACGUGAAAACUUUCACUUGCAGACAGUGCUUCCCGUCGGUCUUCCAAUGUCAGCGAACGAUCUUCGCCAGGAUUCGUGCCAAAUUACAUGCGCAAUCCGCCGUUUCCGUACGCAAUGAAGAACUCGUUCGACAGUUUCUCCUCCCCUCCAGCUUCUUCGAACUCGAACGGAAACGGAUCUCCAGGACCACUCAAUUCGCCCACUUAUUCGUACGGAAGACGGGACUCUUUCAACAGGACCAGAUUUUUGCUUGUCAGAACUAGGUAGAACUUAUUCGCCUCUAAAAGUGAGCAAAAAGAAAUGCUUUGAUUUCAGUAUUGCUCAAGGGAAGGAGACGUACAAACGAGUGACACUGCCGGGCGGAUCGGACGUCGAGAGACUGAAGAGCACAAUCCAGAAAGCAUGCAAAGGGCGACCUGUCGAUAUGAUAUUCACGCUGCCCGAAAAUGAUCUGAUCGAGUCGGUUGAACAGAUUCAGCGCUUCGGCGACUGUCAGAAGAUAGACGUUGUUUUCAAGGAUGAUGACCGGGAAGACACUCCGCCGGUGGUAGGUCUCAUUUUUGAAAGAACGGGCUGCCAUAGCAUUUACAACCUCUGUUUUCUUGUUAUGUAUCAAGUGAGGACGACACAUGUUCUCUGUUUGAGGAAACUAUAAAUUUAGGUGAAAACAUUCUUGCAGCUGUGUUGGCUGACCGUAGUCGUAGGAUUUCUCCAUCUGGCACUCUUCUAAUCCAUCAAUCCUCUUUAGCCUUCCCACAUCUUUUGAUUCCGAGUUACUCUUCGGUCGUCGUCCGCCAUUCACCUGUCAUUUCGCCGCAAAUCAUAUGACUUCUCUUCCAAUUCACUGAUAAAACCGAUAGUGUCGCCCGUGAACGAACAGUGUUGGCAGCACGCGCCAAUGCAUUCCUGUCAACAUUCUGUAUACACUCCCUCGUGCCUCCUUCUUGUCCGCCGUCCGGCAGUCAGUGAGCGUACUUUGUACUCUGUUGCGCGCCGCCCGUGCGUCCCUUCCAUCGACUUUCACCCAGAGGACGAACUCCUCGCUUCUUCUUUCGUUUUCUGCUUGUUUACGUCCUCUUCUCAUUUUCUGAAAUCGGCGUCUAACUGGUAAGAAACGGAAAGACGCAGAGAAAGAGAGUACGAGUCGUUCAAGCCGCCCGUCUCUGUGUUCAUGUUUAUCACUUGACGAGUACGCAACCACGCGAGUGUAUGUCACUCGAUAUUCAUGUCUCGCAUUAUGUAUUCACUAAGCCAGCUUUCACUUCCAAUGUACUGAAAAAAACGGCUGACUGCAGUUGUCUCCUUCCGCUCGACACUUUUUCCGCAACUUCUCAGUUUUCAAGAGUGUUCACAUCGUUUCAAUGUCCCGCCUCGUCAGUCAGUUUUGCUCAGGUUUCGGUCAGGUGUCCCUGCCUUCGGUUCCCUUCCUUCCUUCCCACUUUAUUCGUUCUUUUUGCUCCCGCGAGCACUGCCGCAGCUCCCAUCAAUCCGGUUUGGUUCGACUGGUUUCCUGCACUGAACGUGCUGUUCACGUGAAUUCCCAUGCAAUAUAAUUGGCGGCUUCACCCUUCUCGUCCUCCCUCUCCGCUUCUCUGUUCCUCUUUUUAAUUCCUCAUUCUUUCUCGCUUCACACUUUUAUGACAUCUCAAUUUUCUGCUCUCGCCACCGAGUUUCGCAAUUUUGUCAUGCCCCAAAAAUAGAGACGCGAACACUUUUCCUGUCUUUUUUUGCGAUCUUGAUCAGGUCGAUUCAUGUCUCAACGCACGUAGUGUUUACGGGAAAAGCAUCGUCUUGCCGCGUGACUGAAUCGAACCGAUCGCUGAUCGAAAGUGGGGAACACGCCGUGGUCAGAUGGUGGCACGAUGACAUUUGUUCGAUCUGAUCUACCAUAGAACGAACAAAUUCCUAUUCUCAGCCAAUUCAGCUGUUUUUUUUACCAGACUUUUUUUCUUCCCUCCGUCGUGAACAGUUUAUUCACAAAAUUUGCUCAAAAAAGUGAUCUCUAGCCAAAAUGAAUUUCUGUUAUCAUUUCUCACUUUGCAUCCAUUUAUCACAUCCGUUGUCGUAGUCACGCGCGUUCUUCUCAUAUUUCUGCCCGGACUUCUCCGCCACAUGCUAUCCUUUCUCUUUGCUCUUUCUUUUUUUGCUCUGAUCUUUCUCUCGCUGUCUUUGAAUCCAUUUGAACAACAUAUCAAUCUCACCUGCCCCUCUCUCUCUCUCUCUUUCUCUCCCUCUCUCUCUCUCUCUUUCAUUCCCACCCGUCGACGUAUUACUUAUUUUCUUUUUUCUGUACUAUGUCCGAUUCGGACUCUUCUGAUUCUUCGCCCAUCGUGGCACGUCGUAGACCUUUCUCGAUCCGGUCAAUAUCUCGUACACCAAAGGUUAAAAAAAAGAAAUGCUUUCGGAAAUCCCCUCAAUCAUAACUGGAAGGUUUCGUUUUCAGACGGGUGACAGUACGUCUGGUGCAGUUGCUGUCAGAAUGUCGGAAGAGCAAGAAGUGCCACCAAAGGAUUUGGUCGUCGAGAAGAGUUAUGGCCAGGAGGACAUCGAGAUUCCGAAGGGCGACGAGCAUGACGAGGAGCAGCCAAGAGUGAGAGCUUUCAUGUCAAUCAGAUCUCUCAACAUCUUACCUGUUCAGGCGCCAACUCCACCUGAAGAUCUGUCCCGAUUCGUGAAGGAACCAAGCCCGCCAGUCAGCCUGGCAGCCACCGAUCUCGACUCGAACAAUGGAACGGAUGAAGGAAACGGCGGAGACGAGCCGAAGCUGAUUCCAUUGGCCACGCGCCAAAGCCUCGAUUCGGACCCUGGAGACUUUGAGAAAGUCGACAAGGAAGAGGCCGCAAAACUGGCCGAUACUUCUCCAGCUGUGGCCGGAUUAGCUGCCGCGAUUCCCAUUAUCAAUGUAAGUUUAUUCGCAUUGAAACGCUUGUCAAUGAAUCCUGAUUUACAGGCUCAAGUCGAAGAGGAGCACAAAAACGCCACCGCCGAGCCAGAAAAGGAGCCAUCGUUCGUCGUUCCGGCUCCAGCUCAUCAAGCCCCAUCGUCGAAGGCGACUGUGGUCGAGGAGUCGAAGCACGUGCCGGAGGACCGUCAGUCGAGCGAUCUGGCCACGUGGAUCCACAACAAUCCGGACGUAGUGCGAAAAGUGGCGACGGCAGCCGCGGUGGCCGGAGUGGCCGGACUCGGAUACUACGUGUACGUGAAGAAGUUCAAGUAA